AUUUAUAGAGGAAGAAUUGAGGAUUCCCUGAUUGGUAGCAAGACAAUAACACACACAGAACAUUUUAGAAUACGCUUACAAUAUCAAUUACAACUUAAAAAAUGGAUAAAAAUUAGUUAAAAUACAGCAAAUUGAAUUUAGAUUUUGCGGCCACAUCAGCCUGGACACGAUUCCGCAUAAACUAAAGAAGACGGAGCUGUCGGGAUCUAUAAACAUGGACGAUGAAGAGAUUGCAGAUAGCUGGGAAGAAGCGGCGGACAGCGGGGAAAUAGAGAGAAGACUCGAGGCAAAGCUGAAAAUAAGUCGAGAAGCAAAGAAAUCCAGCUUGAGUUCAGGAAGCUCAGUCGUGCGUACUGGUGUUGUAAUCCAGGACGACUCGCUACCUGCAGCACCUCCACCACAAAUCCGCAUUCUCAAGCGUCCUUCAAACAACGGCAUGAUGGGAAAUCCUUCAUCCUCUCGACCCUCACAGCAGAUGAAGUCUCUCGCCCAGCGAGAAGCUGAGUAUGCAGAGGCCAGGAGGAGGAUUCUGGGGAGUGCAAGCUCUGAAGACGCCCCCCAGGAAAAACCAUCUCAAGACAGGCAUGCUCGAGUUAGUGGUCAGCAGCCACCAGCAGAACCAGUCUGUCCAAACGCUCAUGUGAUCCGUCAACCCUCCGGGCCGGACGGUACUUCCGGCUUCCGCUUCUGCAGAUAAAUAAGAACAGGCUGCCCAUCCAAUGAAAUCUGCCAUUUUCCUCCCCCUGAAUGGCCAUCUAGAGUGGAUAUCGAACCAGGUGUGUGGGCGGCAUUGUGUAUGACACAGGGAGUGGUGGGAUGGAUUACACACUGAUGGAUGAACACAUGAAGAUGAGACCAAAAUAUGAACCGUUCCGCCCCUCUACACUCUGUUGACUGCCAUGCACCUUGCCUUUUGCCUUGUCUUUUCCCCGUGUGGAACUGUGAAAGGGGCUGGUAUAGAUUUUCCUGCAAUCAGAAGCCCCUGCGGUUCUAUGCUGGGAUAAGAAUAAUUCCUCAGGUCCCCACACACUGUGAUAUUCCCCAUGAUGUAACUAUUGAGCUGGCCAAGGACGUGCCACUCUCGUGGGCUGGCUAUGAGCCAGGACAACAGGUUUGUAUUGGCCAAGAGAGGAUAAGGAAAGAAAAAUAAUCUGCUGGAGGUUUGUGACAUAUCUACCAGGGACCAACUUGCCAUUUCUGGCCCUUUGCCUUGGUUUUCGUUUAAAAGCGACUGGAUAGUUAAUUGGAAAGUUAUGAAAAGAGAGUUCUAGUUCAGAUUUGUUUUUGUAAAGUGUCAAGAAAUCACUAUGGACAACCAGCAGAUUUCACAAACGAAUUCCAGUAAAGCGGUACCUGGUGGAAAAGUAGUCUUUGGCCAAAGAUUGUAUAAGUGAGUUAUAAAAUAGGAGUAAGUCUUGGUUUGUAAAGCAAUAAUUAUUUUCCCUAUUGCCUGCAUACCUUUUUACAUUUGUUUUUUUAUUAUUUAUUAGUUAGUUUUUAUUGGCCAUUUCAGUUGUAUUUUUUUGGUCUCCAUUUUUCUUUUAAAUAUUAUGUUCAAGAACAUUGUUUAUGUCAAAGAAAGAAAAAUAACAUUACAAUCUGCUUUCUCAUAAGAAUUUUGACACAUUUGAGAAGGUAUUUCAACAAAUAUAAAUCUACAUUGAAACUAUCCAUUUUAUGAAUUUGAAAUGUCCUAUGUUUAUUUAGGUCAAGUAUAGUGACACAGCUUAGAAAAAUCCUCUUUCUUUAGUAGUAAGAUUGAAGAACUUAAAGAUGUAAACACUAUGUGUUAGUGUCUAAUCUAUAGCAGAGAAAUGACCAAAUACAAAUUAAAAAUACACCUAAAAAAGAUAAACGAUACACUAAACCAUGACACUAUUUAGCGGGAUCAUGGCUGAUUUCUAAAUAUAUUCAUAGGUUUUAGUAAGAUAUUCUUAAGAUAAUUUCCUUCCACACAUUUGUAUUACUUGUUUUACAAAUCAUCAACACCAUGCCAGGUUUUUCAGCAUAAUUUCCUUGGGGCUUUAUUUAAAUAAUGAUGCAUGGUUGGACUUGACACAGGAGAGGAACAUUUCUUUUGGGAGAAAGUAUUCUACAAGCUCUUUGGCUGAUCUAAAACCUAAGAAAUUCUGGAGGAAUUAACCAUUAGCCACAAAGUCUGCCCAUAGUCUAAAAUACAUGCUACCAUAAUUUUACCAUUCAUUUGAAUUUCCCCGUUCAAUGGCGUAUUCAAAAUGUCUUUCUUUGCUGGAGGUUGUUUUACGAUACAGAUUAAAAUCUAUGUAUUUUGCCUCAUGUAAAACUGUCAACCUGUCUAGCUCUGAAAUAGUUUAACAUACAAUGAAACGUGUCUUAAUUAGUUAGCCAAAAUUGGAUAGAAUUUGUUAUGUUUGUAUGUAAGGCCCAAGAUGAAAGGAUUCUCAAUUUAAAGUAUUGACAAAGUUGGCUUGCUCUAUAUGCUCUAACAAAGUGUUUCCCAACCUUGGGUUCUGACAAGCAUACAGGAUCAUGACAAUACAAAAGAGGUCCAGACUAUGAUUCAUACUGCACGUAAGCAAUCUACCACUUACUGGUAUGGCAUGGUGAUGAUAUGGUCAGAACAAUGUGGGUUUUGUAAGAAGAUGCAAGUCUUGGUUGUAUUAUUUUCAGAUCAAAAAAUGAGGUUGAGGCACCUGCUAUUUAAGCUCUUAUGCUCCAACAUUAGCAUUCAUUUUGGAUUUUUUUUUUUUUUAAUCAUACCCAGUAUUAAAUUCAGCUAUAACUUUGUUUUAAUUUGCUUGUCCUUUUGAAACCUGAAAAAUGUCUUAAAUUCACAAUUACCCUUUAAUAAAGACGGUGAACAUGAA